UUUAAUGGAACUGGGGUGUUGUUGUAUUUAGUGUGUUAUUCUUAAUAUUUACAAUUUACAUACGAGUAUAAUUAUGAGUUUCGUUAUCAGUUUAACUCGGAUCGUGGUGGCGUUGAGUUGCAGCUGCAUUGAAGUACCGUGUAUUAAAAUUCUGAAUUAGCUAAAACGAUUUAUUGUGUAAAAAAAUGGAUGGGAAUCUUAAAUAUUAUGAGGGAUGUGGUCAGGAGGGUCCCAUUCGAUGUAUUUUUUUGUGUGAAUUUCACCCAACAGCUGGCCCUAGAAUUACCUGCCAAGUUCCUGAAAAUUAUAUAUCUAAAGACAUUUUUGACACUGUUAGUCAUUAUAUUAUACCAAAAGUUCAGUUGCAAAGAUGUACUCUAACAGUUACUUUAUUGGGUUCCAAAAUCCUUGGAUUUCCAGUAAGAAUUGACAAUAAGAAAUAUGCUAGAAAUGCAUAUUACUUUAACCUGUGUUUUGUAUGUGAUGCCUGGGCAAGAACUGUUCAUUUGGAACCAUUGGUUAAGAAGCUCACAGAGUAUCUUUUAUCAAUGGAGCUUGAGACAGAGUGGUUAUCAAAGCAGUCUCUCUCAGGAGAUGCCAAGGCACUGAGUGGUCUGAUGAGACAGGUCAUGCAAGACAUCAAUAGCAGACGGAUGUGUACACUGACUGUGGGCACUACAACCACACACCUGACAGUGGUUCGAGUGAACACGGAUCCGGCGCCGGUGAAGGACCAUCAGGUGCCCGUGUUCUUGUACAGCCGCCAGUCUUUUGUGGCGGACCAGUGGGACCUCACCACCAACCAGAUUUUGCCAUACAUAGACGGCUUCAAUCACGUGUCCAAGAUUGCGACGCUGACGGAGGUGGAAAUCAGCCUGGUGCGGGCGUGUGUUCAGAACCUGGUGUACUAUGGCGUGGUGACGCUCGUGCCCAUCUUCCAGUACUGCGCGGUGUACAGCGCGACGCCCAAGUUGCGACAGCUGACGAGGUGCGUGGGGCUACAGCGGCAGUGUGUGGAGUUCUGUGCUCGCUCUCCGCGGCAACUGCCCCGAGUGAGCGACCUGUUCCGCAUGUACGCAGCCAUGACUUAUGGCAGCACCAUGCGUGACCUGUGCCGUCGUCUGCGCCCGCAGGAGCUGGCCAUCAACGAGCGCAAGCUGGUGCUGUUCGGAGUUCUGGAGGGCCUCAUCCGCCGGGUCUACAAGUACCCGGUGACAUUGAACAAUGAUUCGUCAUCGAUUCGCAGCGAGCAAAGCCAAAAUCCGUCCCGUGUCUAUACCGGCAUGGCUUGUCUUGACGAGCUGUGUUGUCAGAGUGGCUGCUCCGCGUCACAGAUUGAAGAGCAGCUGGAGAGAGACAGUGAUGUCGUGUUUAUUGUCAAGUGACGUCACCGGUCUAUGUUAUUUGUUUUUAAAGGCAAUGCUUGGACACGUUGUGCCUUAUACAAAGGUAAGGUUGACAUGAUGUUAAUAAAAACAUUCAAAUUCUGGAAUGUACUGAGUAUGUAAAUUGUAAGUAUAACAAAAAAUUAUAUAAUUCUUUAAAUGAAUUAAAUAAUGACGUAAUAGAUAUUUUGUAAAUUGAAUUAAUUAAAAAGUUGAAAAUAUUAUCAUUAUCUCAAAAUGGUUUCAUCUUGAAAGUUUUUUUAUUCUUAUUAUAGUGUCUAUGGUUACAAUAAAUGGUAAUACAUCUCGUGAAAGACAAAAAUUCUGUGUCAACUUUCUGUUUGGCCAAUAUGCCAUAGACUACUUACAGAAGUCAAUGAUGAAGAAAAAAAAAUUAAUAUAAUUCAUUAAUAAAUAUGACAUGUGCCUUUCUAUAUAAUGUUGCUAGCUUUAUUUAUAUACAACGAAUAGUUUCCUAAUUAUUAUACUAUAAUGUUUAAUUGAAUUAUUUAUGUACGUUUAUGUACAACCACCAUACAUUAUAUGAGAUUCUCUAUAACUGUUGGUUCUGACCAGGGGUGGGACAGACGCCUUAAAGUGACGUUUUCAGAAGACUGUGGUGCCAUCUGUUAGUUGACCCGAAAAUGAAAGUUUGUCAGCUGUCACUCGCUUUGAAACCUUUCAACUUUUCUUUAUUUGUCACUGCCCACUGGUCAUAAAAUGGCGGCUACUUCUAGCGUUUGCGCAUGUAUGUAGCUCUCGUGUUCCAUUUUGCAUAUUUACACUACUAAAUCUAUCCUCCAUGUUCUAUGUUGUGGCAAAAUUAAAUAACUGUACGCGCAAUUUCAACUUGAUUAAAAAUUGCAAUACCUGCAUUAAAAAGUAGUGUUAGUUAUUGCAUCACAACAUUAAAAAUGAAUUUUAUAAUUUCGAGCUUAUAUAUAGUUAUUUUCGGGGCCAAUCUCCAGAUGGCGCUAGUUUUCAAAUAGAGAGCUGAUAAUGCGUAGAGAGGGCUCUCUUUACCCUAUAUAUUAUUAUACUCUUGGUUCUGACUUAGCAGUCGCUUUACCGCAUAUUUUUUUAGAUACCUUCAACCUUGAAUCGAAAUGCUAUAAGAUUCUGUUUUAGUCGUCUUUCCAAAAAAUAUUGACUGAUAAAUUAUAAGAUAUAAAAAAUAACUUUAAUGGCGGCCAUAAUGUGUGGUAAUUGUAUGUUGACGUUGAUGAUAUAAUAUAGAACUAUUGGAAGCCUUUUAUAUUAAUAUGAACAUUUAAACAGUUGUGAGUAAAUAUUUGUGAUUAAGUUAAGUGCUGUUGUCCUAGAUUAAGGAUUGGUCUCCGCUGCGCUCCAACUACAUCAUGUCUAAGUGGGCGUACUCGAACCAGUCUCGAACAAUGCGUGACUUUGACGUGCCACAUUUUCUGUUAAACUUUGCUAAUAAUUGAAACUAAAGUGCCGGUUGCGUAGUAAAAUUUUGUAAAAAUAAUACUACAAGAAAUAAGAAAGACACUGGGAUCACAUAUCAUCAGUAAUUAUUUUGUAUUUUAUUAAUCUCAAUGUAAAAUAGCACGAAGCGUAUGUUACAAAGUUUGAAAGAUGCCGUUGAGUGUCAAGAUGCCACGCACACAAGCAUCUAAUAGUUGACAUAAUGAAAAAGGUUGUUCUUAUGUAGUGCGGUAUCUAGUUAGAGCCUAGCGGAGACCAAUCCUUUAUCUUAGGCUAUUGUAUUGUAUUGUAUUGUAAGGAACUGCUCAAUAUUAUAAUAAUUGUAGUUUAGUUUUAUACAAUUUUUGACAUUUGUAUUUUGGACUGAGAAGGUGCUGGUUUAGUUAACGUUGACUUUCCCACCGACAUAAUUAUUUUAUGAAAUCAUUUUAUAAUCACUUAUUAAAUGUAAUUUUAUGUAUGAAUUAGGUAAUGUACUUUAUUUUAGUUAAUUAUUAAUUUAAAACUCAGAAACCAAGCUACAAAAACAACCAGCAAGGAUUUUUUAAAUAUAUACAUAUUGUAUAAGUAACUGAACAUGUAGAGGGCCUAUCUGAUGUUAAUGACCUGUAGCAGAGCAUACCAUGGUGUGACGCGAACAACAGAACUGCACCCGUCUUUCUUAUCAUAAGAUGUCGAAAUCGUCGCCGUAUUUAGAACUAAUGACAAAUUAUAACUUAUUUUUUGAUGUUAUUUCUCCGGGCAAAAAGAAGGCACCUUUAAAUAAUAAAUAAAAUGCAGUAACUUCAGCUACCAUAGGCCUCUUGUCACUCAUACGUCUAGUGAACCACAUCCAAUGGACGAGAAAUCGGUACCUAUGUUGUAAAAUAAUAAAAAAAUAUUUCUUUCUAAUUGUAUUAGAAUAAUUAAAUGAUAUUUAAAUGAACAUUAUUUAACUAAAUUAUGCGGCAUAAUAAUAUUUUUGGUUGUAUUUAAUUCUUUCUUUAUUAAAAUAUUGUUCUUUCAAACGUAAAAUAGCAUGAGGAAUUAAAAAAUUAAGAAUUUUUGUAUUAAGAAACUCUUACGUAAUUAGAACUUUGAUUUAAAUGCAAAUUAAUAAUGGAAGGUACUUCAUUAGUUACAAGUUAUAUCAAUUUUUUAUUGUUGUCUCGUUAGCAAAAUCUGUUUAUAAUUUUCUAGUCUAUGUUUGUAUUUCAGCUAGUCAAAACUGUACGACUGAAGCAAUCUGAUAAUUUUUAGAGUUUAUUAUCACCACUUUCUAUACACAAGUACAAUUUUAGAUCGAAAUUGAAUGGGAAAUAAGAAUUAAAUAGGUAUAUUUUUUAUCUUAUUGCCAAUUUAUUCUAAUAUACUCAAUAACGAACAUAUUCCAUCACUUCUUACUCCUAAAAUGGCAAUCAGUCAUCGCAUUUGCCUCUAGUGCCAUACACUGUGUGCGGCGGUAGAUACCAGGCGCACGAUCCUAUUUGAACCGACUUUAUAAAAAAAUAGUUAUCUGCAUAGUAAGAGCACUUUCUGCACUUCGUUCGAUCCGUAACCGUGAAAAUACGGUCCGAAGUAGCCGUAGAACUAUUACUAUUGUAGUUUACGCACUAGAUCUGGCUUCCGUCAUCCGAUUUCUUUCCGUCAACCGAUAAAAAUAGUUCUACGACAACACCGGAUCGUAUUUUCACGGGUACGGAUCGGACGUUGUGCGAAAGCGCUUUAAAUGAAAAUCCGUUCCCUAUCCACUGUUCAGUGCUACCAAUCUAAAGAACAAUCAUUUUAUGUAUUAAUAUACUUAGCUCUAAGCGUGAAUUGCUAGAAGUUGGUCAAAUUGCACCUUACAGUGAUAAAUGCAGAACUUAUUAAUUGGUCGCUCUAGUACAGAUAUAGCGUUCGCCUCUACAUAUUUAAUUAAGAUCUCUGUUUUCUUAAGUUUGGAAAUCUAAGUCAAAUCAAAAGUACCUAAUUCUAUUCUGAAGUACAAAAUUUUAAUUAUAUACCUUGAUAUUUUAAUGUUCAUAAUUAUUAUUGCUUAUAUCUUAGUUCUAAGAUUAGUAAUUUAAAUAUUGUUGUUAAUAUUUUUAUGGAAUAUUGUAGUAAUUAAUCAUAUUAUUGUUAAAUUUUUGAGAUAUUUUAUCAAAUGUAUCUGACUCAAAUAAAGUAACCUAUUUUAUUC